AAAAUAACCGGAUCCCGGACAUCACGCCCAAUACCAGUAAUCGCGUAGCGGGUGGGCAGAGGUUCAGGGCACAUGCCACAGGCAGGGCGUCUCGCCGCGCCGGGCACUCGAGUACUUCAAAACGAGCGCAAACCGCAUAGGAGCUAGGUGGGGGCGAGCGUGUCGGAUCUGGCGAGCGGCUGCGCGUCGGGCGGAAGGGCGGUGCUGGUGGCGGUGCAGCACGCGGCGAGACGGCGCACGCAGCCAUGGGCGGCGGCAAGCACGGCGCCCAAGACCAGAGCGCAGCCGUGGGCGGCGGUGGUGAGGGGCGGUGCGACGGCGGCGUAGAAGACGUCCGCCGCGGCGCACAGCACCAGCGCCGCGACCAGAGUUGGCGCUGGCCGCGCCGGCGGACGUCCGUGCGCCCGGUGCCUCGUCGGGAUGCCAACCUCCUCGCCCCACACGCGAAGCGGGCCUGCGCGGAGCUCGAAGAUGACGGCGUAGCCGGCGGCCGCAUUCCAGAUGAUGGAGAUGCCCGUACAGCCGAUGACGGUGCACAGGCCGAGCUGGAAGGCGAUGACGAAUGCCAAGGCGCUGGAGGCCCAGCACAGCGACGCCCGGCUCGCCUCGACGUCACGCAGCUGCGCUCUGCCCGCUGCGAAGAGGACCACACUACAAACGACGUAGUUGAUGACGAUAUCAGGAGUUGACCCGCCAUACGAGAGGAU